AUGGCGUUCUCUAAUGACAAUCUCAAAGGGUUUACCUUGGCUCUCAUUUCAAGUGGGUUUAUUGGGGCGAGCUUCAUUAUCAAGAAGAAAGGCCUCCGGCGAGCUGCUGCCGCCUCCGGUGUUAGGGCCGGUGUUGGUGGGUAUGCAUAUCUGAUGGAGCCCUUGUGGUGGCUUGGGAUGAUCACCAUGAUCAUUGGAGAAGUUGCAAACUUUGUGGCAUAUGCAUUUGCCCCAGCAGUACUCGUCACACCUCUUGGCGCCUUGAGUAUUAUUGUCAGCGCUGUAUUGGCACACUUUAUCUUAAAUGAGAAGCUGCAUCCACUCGGGAUGUUGGGAUGUGUAAUGUGCAUUGCUGGUUCAAUCAUAAUUGUAAUACACGCACCACAAGAGCAGCCAAUCUCGUCUGUACAGGAAAUAUGGACUAUGGCAACACAACCGCCCUUUCUUCUCUAUGUGGGCUCUGUAGUGAUUUUGGUGUUCAUUCUUAUUAUUCAUUUUGCGCCACAGUAUGGGCACACCAACGUGCUUGUAUUCACCGGCAUUUGUUCACUGAUGGGUUCUCUCUCGGUUAUGAGUGUUAAAGCCCUCGGAACUUCUCUCAAAUUGACCUUUGAGGGGAAUAACCAAUUAAUCUACCCAGAGACCUGGUUUUUUAUGCUUGUUGUGGCGACUUGUGUUAUUAUGCAAAUGAAUUACCUAAACAAGGCACUCGACACGUUCAACACGGCAAUUGUUUCCCCUAUAUACUAUGUCCUGUUCACAUCACUCACAAUACUUGCCAGUGUUAUCAUGUUUAAGGAUUGGGAGGGCCAAAAUGCCGGUAGCAUUAUGUCAGAAAUAUGUGCCUUUAUUGUAGUGCUUUCUGGGACGAUCUUGUUGCACUCGACCAAAGAUUUUGAGAGGAGUUCCUCUUUUAGAGGUAAUUAUACCCCAUUAUCCCCUACAUUAUCGAGCCGGUUAUGUAGCGGUAAUGGGGAUUUGGAUGAGCAUGGCGAACAAAACGAGCCAUGA